GCUGCAGAACUUGCCCUUUGCUCUGACAAACCUGAACCUGAAAGCUUUGUGGCUGGCAGAAAACCAAUCCCAGCCCAUGCUGAAAUUCCAGACCGAGGACGAUGAGAAGACAGGAGAGAAGGUUCUCACGUGCUACCUGCUGCCCCAGCAGCCCUCUCCCAGCCUGGAGAACCUCCUGCAGAACAGCGUGGAUGAGAGCUGGACAGACACCAACCUGAACAGAGUCAGUGUGAUCCAGUUCCUGGAUGAGCCCAAAGGAGAUGACGAUGAGGAGGCUGGAGCUGAGAGACGAGUAAGGARUUCCUGCAGGGUGGUGGUGCCUGGAAGCACGGGGAUAAGCCAGGCUUUGCAAGGAUGGGGAGCUGCUCUGGUGUCCAUGGUUCAUUCACCUGGGACACUGUGCAGGAUUUUCACACUCUGA